AACAUCUCCGGUUCGGUAAGCUUUGUGGCUUUUGCCGGAGCUCGCGUUGGACAUCCACACGUUCGCGAUCUCAACUUGUCCACGUAUACCUUCAUCACCCGAAUCCGAUCUCAAGCAUCAUAUAGCUGCCUGAAAAAUGUCUACAGUCGGCAAUAUACCUCAAGAGCUGCUGGAUCGCAUCGUGCAAGGCCUCAAGUCGUUGGGAGACAAGACGGUGGCUGUGGGAGAAUCGUCAUCUGGAGGUCUGAUCAGCGCUGCGCUUUUGGGUGUGGAUGGGGCCGGUGCGUGGUACAAGGGUGGAGGCGUGCUGUACACCAAAGAAAGCCGAGUGAGCUGGGCUGGAUGGACAGAGGCGGAUCUCAGGAAUUACAGAGGUCCUACCGAUGCCGUUGUAUCUGGUCUAGCUGAGAGUGUGGCAAAGCAGCUGGGUGCGGAUUACGCCGUGGGUGAGAGUGGCAUAGCGGGACCGCACGGUAUUGGGCGGAGAUUGCCAGCCGGCUUCACCUGCGUCGCAGUCUCUCGUCCGCAAGGCCGAGCAUUUACACGGGUCAUUAGGACGGGCAGCGAGGAUCGCGUGCAGAACAUGCACCGAUUCGCUCUCGAAGGGCUAACGCUCCUUGCAGAGGUGCUGGAAAGCGAUUUGAAAGAUGCACAAGGCGGUGCGAGGUCGAAGUUGUAACGGUAGCACGGACCGAGCCCCCGGGGUUUGGACCAUGGAUCGUUGGGCCGAACCCACCUUUGUAUCAUGUGAUUCGCGCCGAGGUCAGCUGGGGAGCUUUGUAUGUCAUUCAAAUCAAGGUUCGAUAUACACAAUCUCGAAUAUGUCUCAUGAAUGCUUCGCCAUGUAUCGCUUAUUCGAUCAUCUCUUCGCGUCUUUUGCUGUUGCACGCACACUCACGACUGCAGGAACAAAUCUUGAGGGUUGAUUCAGAAGCUCGCUUGCUCUCUAAGGUUUCGAACUCGAAGUUCACCCAACCACAUGCAGACCAUGCAC